UUCCUCCCACAAGCGACGGGGGAAGAGGGUCCGCUGCCAACGCAGCCAGGGACAUGCCUGCGGGGAAGGCUUUCCGUCGGAGGAAGGUGGACUCUGACGAGGAUGACGAGGAUGCGCAGGUCACCGAGGAGGUCCGGCUAAAACUAGAGGAAGCAAAAGAAGUGCAGAGUCUAAGGAGGAGGCCAAAUGGAGUGAGUGCGGCUGCUCUGCUCGUGGGGGAGAAAUUACAAGAAGAAACGACCCUGGCGGAUGAUCCCUUUAAAAUAAAGACCGGUGGAAUGGUGGACAUGAAGAAACUGAAAGAACGGGGCAAGGACAGGAUCAGCGAAGAAGAGGACCUCAACCUUGGGACUUCUUUUUCCGCAGAGACCAACAGGAGGGAUGAAGAUGCUGAUAUGAUGAAGUACAUUGAAACCGAGCUGAAGAAAAGGAAGGGAAUUGUGGAAAAUGAGGAACAGAAAGUGAAGCAGAAGAAUGCCGAAGACUGUCUGUAUGAGCUGCCUGAGAGCAUUCGCGUCUCUUCAGCUAAGAAGACUGAGGAGAUGCUGUCCAAUCAGAUGCUGAGUGGCAUUCCGGAGGUGGACCUCGGAAUUGAAGCUAAGAUCAAAAACAUCAUUUCCACCGAGGAGGCCAAAGCGCGAUUGCUGGCUGAGCAGCAGAACAAAAAGAAAGACAGCGAAACCUCCUUUGUCCCAACAAACAUGGCUGUCAACUACGUCCAGCACAACAGAUUUUAUCAUGAAGAGCUAAAUGCACCAGUACGGAGAAACAAAGAAGAACCCAAAGCCCGUCCCCUCAGGGUGGGAGAUACCGAGAAACCAGAACCUGAGAGGUCCCCACCAAAUCGCAAACGCCCCCCAAAUGAGAAGGCAACCGAUGACUAUCACUAUGAGAAGUUCAAGAAGAUGAACCGGCGGUACUGAAGUUGGCUUUUCCGGAACACAAAUAUUCCUCUUCAGACAUUAAGGGCAAAUACACAGGGGGCUUUGAGAAGGUGGGGUUCACUUAG